AUAAUAUGUUCAAAGCAAUACACCGCUGCCUACGCCGUGUUUGUACAGGAGUUACAUGGACGUCUUUAAAUAGCAAAAGAUUGCACAGACACUCUUUUUGUGUUUAUUCCAAUGACGCGUACAGAUCGAACAAGACACGACAAGAUAACAGAUAUCGAUUAACAAUGACCAACAAAAAUCUACAUGUAUUAUGUUUGUUUGUGAUUACUAUGGGGACGUUUAUAAAUGGUAUUAAAUGCGUAACGCGUGAAGAUUGUCGCACAGAGAUUUUUCGUACCAACCAUAUGAUUGCGCGAUUAACGGAUAGUAAUGCGUACAGCCUGAUAAUAAAUACAAUAAAAGAGUUCCUUUAUGAUGGAAUUAUUGAAUUCCUUUUUCCGCCAGAUUCAUUGUUGUUGAUCGGAAAAGAUGAAAACGAUUCAAUAUAUAGUACUAUAAAACAAAAUGAGCUAGCAAUUCAACGAAAAAUAUCAGAGAUCACGGAGGCAACCCCUAGAAUUAAUCUUGUCGGUGUGACUUCCUAUGACGACGAGGUAGAGCUGAGAGGGGAAAUUCUAAAUAAAAAAUUCCGAAUGGCUCUCGGCGAAAAAAGAAAACGCAUAAAAAUGUGCGCGAACGGCGAAAGAUUCAAAUGUGUAUUGGUCGGGUUAAUCAAGCGCACUGUCGAAUUCCGGAUAAAAAACCAACCGAAAUGCAACGAUAACAACGACGGUACUUGCUGUAUAACUCCGACAGAGUGGAUUUUAACACCUGGCGUCUUGGAUCAACCGCCAAUACCGCCCAAGGAGUUCUACCGGGAUCGCCUAUGUGUCGCCAGUAGUCCAUAUUAUGAAACAAUGUUGUUCGACCAAGCCCGGGGACUCGUAGAGUGGUAUUGCGACAUACCGCCUCGAAUUGGAGAACAAGAUUCAGACGACGAGUAAACUUAACACAUUUAAGUUGACACCGUUUUGUUUACUAAAUACUUCAAUAUAAUCGUACGGACUAAUAAAAUACUACAACCAACACUACCGUCGUGUAAAUUGACUUGUCUAGUUUGUGUAAUGGCAAAAAAAUCCACCACAGCACAGGGGCGGAUCCAAGGGGUUGAAACAAUUUAUUUUUACCGUCUUGAUCGGCCCCUGCAGCACAUUAUCAAUAAACUGUCAACUUUCAU